AGUGGCUCGAGCUUCCAGUGGGUAUCCUGUUGGCUUGGUCUUCUCAGCGGCCAUGAGGCGCAGAGGCCCGGAGAAGGAGGAGGAGGAGGCCUGCGGCGUGUGGCUGGACGCCGCGGCGCUGAAGAGGCGGAAAGCGCAGUCCCCUAUGGUGAGUCCCUUGGACUGCAAGGAGAUCCAACCAGUCCGUUCUAAAGGAAGUCAGUCCUGAAUAUUCAUUGGAAGGACUGAUGCUGAAGCUGAAACUCCAGUACUUUGGCUACCUGAUGCGAAGAACUGACUCAUUUGAAAAGACCCUGAUGCUGGGAAAGAUUGAAGGCAGGAGGAGAAGGGAACAACAGAAGAUCAGGUGGUGGGAUGGCAUCACCAACUCAAUGGACAUGAGUUUGAACACAUUUAAUCAAGUCAAGCACCAAAAUGUUAACACUCCUUCCUGGAGAGAGAAAGGCUAAAAUUUCUUUUACUCAAAGAAGCUGUCCAUCUGCAGGCACUCGGCAGACCAGCAUUGCUUCCUUCCUCACCUUGCAGCCAGGAAAGACAAAUGGUGCUGACCAGAGGAGUGUUUCAUCUCAUUCAGAAAGUCAGACCAACAAAGAGUCUAAGGAAGACGCAACCCAGUUGGAACAUCUGACCCAGGGCCUGGCGGAUGACUUCAUGGCACCCCCUUUAGUCACUUCAACCCCUGCAGACAUCCAGGAAGCUGGACUUUCUCCUCAGUCUCUCAUGGCUUCUUGCCACCAUGGAAUAGAAACCCCAUGCUUGACUGUGCUGUCUUUGUUCCGGCCUGAUACCUCAAUCUGUGCUGGAGAGAGUAAGGCCUCACUGGCCUGCACCUUCACCCAGGACCUGGAGAGUUCUUGCUUGCUGGACCAAAAGGAGGGAGAGGAUUCUUCCUGUGAAAGGGAAUGGCUUCAUGGAUCUAAGAAAGAUAAUUAUCAGAGUGUGGAGAGACACAGUAAAACUGGGCACAAGGGCCAUCAGCUCUUGGAUAAGAGUAACUUGGAAAAUGUGUCUGCCAAAAGAAACAGGCAGGCCCCUGUCCUUCAAACAUACAAGGAUUCCCGGAGUGGAGCAAACACAAAGGCAGUGAAACAAAGCCCUUGUCCUAUUCCUGAGUUUUCCUGGGACAGUGAAAGGAAUGACAAGGACUCCUGGAGUCAGCUUUUCACUGAGGAUUCUCAGGGCCAGCGGGUCAUUGCCCACAACUCUAGAGCUCCUUUCCGAGAUAUAACCAAUGACCAAAAUCAGGGCUAUGGGCAGGUCCCUAAUAGCCCUUGGGCUCAGUGCCAGGACAGGACCACCCAGUUCAAUCUGCAGCCUGAUUCGCUCUUUACCCAGGACUCUGAAGGUAAUCAAGUUAUCAGGCACCAAGCCUAAAUGUCUUUGUGAGGGUUUGGGGGUUUGUUUCUAAAAGUACCUAGAAAUGACAUGUAAGAAAGCAUCUUCAGGGGGUGAGUAUGUUUGAGUAGGGGAAUGUAAGAUCUUUGUUUUAGAAAAGUCAUUCAGGAGAAUGAUCUUUGGUAGGAGGGAGGAGUGGGAUGAGGCUGUAGUUAUUGAGCAUUUUCUUUGUGUCAAUAAAGCAGGUGGUACCACUUGUU